GGAAAUCUGGUUAACGACGUCAUACUUCGUUACGCCUGCGCAUGAUAAAUAGUCAACCGAACAUCGUUUCUCCAGCAUCUUUUACCAUGGAACACAUUGUUUUCAGUCCUGAUCUUACCAUUGCCGAUAAUGUGGUUCUUGAAAACCUCAGCGGCGAAAUCGAGAUUGGGCUCCUCGGGGCAAACCUCGAGUCGAUCAAAGCCCGAAGAGACUCUCGUGACAUAAGCGCUCUGCAAUCAUUUAACGACCCGAAGAGCCAGUUCUUCGACCCUACCGUCCUCUCGACCUACGAUCUUCGACACCUGCGCCAUACACUGCCUGUCAUCGUCGGCAAGAAUGUAGUAGCGCCAUACAUUGCCUCGGCACGUCGCAUCGUGCGCCAUGAGACGGAUGUGGUCAUGGCGACACACCUGAUCCUCUACUUCAGCACCUCGGUGCCCAGCGCCAUUUGGCUGUUCUACAACUUCACCUACCUCCACGGCGUCCUUCACUUUCUCAUGCAGGCCUGGUAUACAGGCAGCUACACCCUGAUGAGGCAUCAACACAUCCACCAAAAUGGCGUUUUGACCAAAGACUCUAGUCUGGUACGCCUAUUCGACAUGUACUUUCCCUACGUCACCGAUCCAUUGAUGGGCCACACAUGGAACAGUUACUAUUACCACCAUGUAAAACACCACCACGUCGAGGGCAACGGACCGGACGAUCUCUCCUCCACCCUCCGAUACCAGCGCGACGAUCUGUUUCACUUCCUCCACUACCUCGGCCGUUUCUUUUUCUUCGUCUGGCUCGACCUCCCACUGUACUUUUUCCGCAAGGGUCAAACCGUAAAUGGCGCCAGGAUCCUCUUUUGGGAGCUCUUCAACUAUUUUUCCCUUUUCAUACUCUACCAACUACACAGCAAAGCGACGACGUUUGUCUUUCUCCUCCCGCUUCUCCUUAUGCGCCUUGGCUUGAUGGUUGGCAACUGGGGCCAGCACGCGUUUGUGGACCCUGACGAGCCUGACUCGGACUUUCGCUCGAGUAUCACCCUCAUUGACGUGGCUAGCAAUAGGUACUGCUUCAACGACGGCUACCACACCUCGCACCAUCUCAACCCGAGACGGCACUGGCGCGAGCACCCCAUCGCUUUCUUGCAGCAAAAGAGGAAAUAUGCCGAGGAGAAGGCGUUGGUGUUUCACAAUAUCGAUUACCUGAUGAUUACGGUGAAGCUUUUGCAAAAGGAUUACGACCACCUCGCGAGGUGUUUGGUGCCCAUUGGGCAAGAGCAGAUUAAGCUUUCGAUGAAGGACCGGGCGGAAAUGCUGAGGGGUUUGACGAGGAGGUUUACGGAGGAGGAGAUUAGGGAGAAGUUUCCCAGGGCGGGUCAAAAGCAGAAGGAGUUGUGA